AUAAUGCCCAUCACAGAAAUUAUUAGUUGACAGAUAAAAGAGCAACUUCUUUUAUCAUCCUGAAAAUAGACAGAGAAAUGGCGACAUUUUCACUCCCGCUCUCUCAAAACAAUCUGUGUCUUCGUUCUUUGUCUCCAAAACGUAGCCGUUUUCCUAUCCCGGAAAUCAGCUGUUCCGGUAAGACCCCUGGAAGCACUCGCAGGGAUCAACUUGAUGUUAUUGCUUACGCAAAAUCAAAGCCAUUGAAGGAACUUCAAAGUGUGGCUCUCAGCCUUCUUGCUGCUUGGGCUGUCACUGCUGCAUCACCUGUAAUUGCUGCUAAUCAGAGGCUACCCCCACUUUCAACAGAGCCCAACCGAUGUGAAAAGGCAUUUGUUGGGAACACAAUAGGUCAAGCAAAUGGUGUUUAUGACAAGCCUAUUGAUCUUCGCUUCUGUGAUUAUACAAAUGACAAAUCUAAUUUAAAGGGGAAGUCUCUUGCAGCAGCACUUAUGUCAGAUGCCAAGUUUGAUGGUGCUGAUAUGUCAGAGGUGGUGAUGUCGAAGGCCUAUGCUGUUGGAGCCAGUUUCAAGGAUGUGGACUUCUCAAAUGCAGUUCUAGAUCGGGUUAACUUCGGGAAAGCUAAUCUCGAAGGAGCUAUCUUCAAGAAUUCUGUACUAUCAGGCUCCACCUUUGAUGAAGCUAAACUGACAGAUGCUGUUUUUGAGGACACCAUAAUAGGCUACAUUGAUCUUCAGAAGCUUUGCACUAAUACAACUAUUACUCCUGAUGGAAGAGCUACUCUUGGAUGCCGGUGAUUUAACUUCUCUUUUCUCUAUUUCAUCAAAAUUUCCAUUGUUAGAAGAUGUUUGUUGUACUCAUAACACUUAAUAUAGAAAUUUCCCAUAAAGGGGAAAGGCUACCAGUGAUUUUUAUAGGUUGAUGCUAAUUUUGGAGCAAUUGUUUUGUAUAUUUAAAGUUGCUUAAUAUUUUUCAUGGUUAUAUAUAUAGUCUUUUUGAUCCA